AUGAAUUCUUAAGCCAAAUCUCAAUAUCAGAUUAACAAAAACAUGUUUGGAAGUUAAAUUUAACAUAAAUUUCCCAAUUAUGAAGAUAAAAAUUUAUUUUCAUAGAAUUUUUUUCGAAAAAAUGCAGACCUUCCUGAAAAUCAAAAUUUUUAACAAUUCUUUUAUUUAAAUAAUUUAUUGUAAACUAAAAAGAAGUAAAUGAAUAGGAAAGAAUACUAAAACGAAUUAAAUUCCACUCAAAAUAAAUGUAUAUCUAUUUAAGAAAGGAUAAUAGAUUAUAUAAUUGAAUAUUAAUAAUAAGAAAAUAGUCGUAAAAAAUACACUUAUAUAAAACGAAAAACUGAUGAACCCAGAAUGUUUACUACUUAACUGACAAAAGAAUAAACUUCAUAAUCCGUAUCAACCGACUGUAGUUAUGAUAAUGAAGUGUACGAGAAGUUAAUCGAAAAGAAUUUUGUAGAUUAUCUCAAAUUUGGAUUUGAAAAUUUCCAUUAAGGAGAAUUCUCAUAGAUUUUAUUGUAAAAUAAUUUAAUCAGCCCAGAUAGAAUAAUUAUUUAUUUGAAUAAAGCAAUAAAUGAAUUUAAUUAUUAAUAAGAUUGCAAAAGGAAAGAAAAUUUAAAAGUUACUUAUGUUGGGAUUACUUCAUAAUUCAAUUUUGAACCUAUUAAUUAAGAAAAGGAUUUUUAAUCUUUAUAGAGUUUCUCUUUAAUGAUCUAAAAUUAAUAUUCCUAAUCUGGAUUUUAAACAGGUAUCAAUGAUUAAAUUAAAUAAAAUCAAUAUUAUGCAAAAUUAAAUGUUUCCAAUAAGAUUACCAAUUAAAUUCAUUUACUAUUUAAAUACUUUUUAAAGACUAAAAUAAGAUAGUUUAAGCCAAAAAUUAUUGUUCUAUUCAUAGAAAUUCAUGAUUCUAUUGAUUUUGAGACAUACUUUUUCUAAAAAUUAAUUACCUAAUUAGAGAAAAUUUCAUAAAAUUCUCUCAUAAUUAUCCCCAUAUUAGCUUAAGAUACCCCAUAUAAUUAUGAAAAAUACUUAAAAUACACUGUUUUAAUAACAAAUUCAUGUUUAGAAUAUUCAUAUAAACGAAAGAAUAAGGCUUAUUAUGAAUGUGAAGAUAUGUCUCCUUAAUUAUACAGAGAAUAUAGUUAUUAUUUUGCAUAGAACAAAAAAGAAUAAUAAUUUUUUGCUAAUUAAUUUUCAGCAUUGCAAGUUAGAAAAAAUAAAUAUUAAUCAUGUGAUAUUGAAAUGGAAUUUUAAUAAAAGAAUGAAGUUUUAGAUUAUAAGAUCUCUUCAUAAUAAGAGCAGGAAAUAAAGAGUAAAAAUUAUGAAUUUGAAUUUAAUGUUAUUGGAAUUUUGAAUUUGAUAAAUCAAAUUGUUCUAACCAAAGUCUACGAUGAAAAAAAGAGGCCUAUAAAAAUUUCAGAAUAUGAACAUUUCAUUUCUUAUAAUUCAAAUGAACAUUACUUUAUAAUUUGUAUUGUUUCAGACAGCAAAUUAUUUUAUAAAAAAUGUUAUUACAACUUAAAAAGUGAAAAACAAAUUGAAGAGUAGAUAGAUCUAAAUGAAUAUCAAUUCUUUAUAAAACAUAAUUUCAAGAGUUCCUAUUUAUUGGUAAAUUCAUAAUUCUAUUAAUUUAAUGUAUUAAUUUCAACUGAAUCCUCGAGUAGACAUAAAAUGUCAAAAAACAGCUACACUGGAUUUUAAUAUUAUGUAGAAGUAUACAAAUAUGAUUUAGAAGUAUAAGCAAAACCAUUAAAAUACUGUAAUAAAGAAAUUAGUAAGUAGAAUAUUUUUUCCUUAAUAAAUUUUUCAAUUACUUAGCUUAAUUAAAAUAAAUUCAUAUUAUUAGGAGGUUCCUACUAAUCAACUUGCUAAGAAAACAAUUUUGAUUUAAGAACAUGCUCAUUAACUAUAGAAAUUGAUGAGAAAAAUUACUUUAAUUUGAAAGUAACUGAAAAUGCUGGUAAAUUGAAGUGUUAUGAAAACUCUAUUGUUGUUAAUAUUAAUAAUUAUUCUUUGCUUUUUUUUGAGGCACAAACCUAAUAUUUAGCCACUCCAAUUUAAUCCUAAAUUUAAAGAUUGUCUAUUUUUGGAGAUUCAUCUAUUUUAAUACUAUAAAAUUGCUAGAUAUUGAAUUAAUAGAACUUUGAGUUUUAUCAAAAAAAGAAAAAACUAUUUAAAUCCAAUUAACUAAACAGGAAAAUAAUUUAAUAAAGUAAUGAUAAAUUAGUCUUUAUUGUGAUUGUUUAAGAAUUGGUUUAGGAUGAUCUAUAAAUAUAAAAUCAAGAGGAUAGUAUCAAUUUGAAGAUGCUGUCAAAACAGGCUUUAUUGUAAGUUCAUAAAUUUUUAUUUAUCUAUGACUUGAUAAGAACAACGAUUGAUAUUGAAGUUGAAACUAAUCAAUUUAUUAUAUAACAAGUAGAACAACCAAAUAAACUUAGAGAAUCUUGCCUUUAUGUCAAUUGGUUGGAAGACAGAAAUAAUCAAUAUAUAUUCAAUUACAAUUCGGUUUAAAACUUAUAUUUGUUGUAUUUUCAUGAAAAGCCAAGCCCAAAAACAAGAAAAUUUAUAUUUGAAGACCCGAAAGAAAAAGAUGAUUAUCUGGAUUUUGAUGAAGUCAUUUUGAAUGAUUUUUAUAAUGAACAACUUUGGAUAGUUAGAAAAAUUAUUCAUUAAGAUCACAUUUCCUUAAAUUUAUAUGAAAGUGAUUGGAUAAAUUUACAAGACGUAAAGGAUUCACUAGAAGCCUCAGUUACGAAGGUCCCCAUCACUUUAAUAUAUACCAUAGCUUCGAUAAAAGAAGACUUUUGUUUGAUUGGACUUGAAGUCAAAUGGCAAUAUGAAGGUGAAAAAAAAUGUCCAUAUUUGGUUGUAUGUACAAGUACAACCAUUUAUGAAUUUUCAAUCUAAAUGAUUAGAAAAAUAAAAUGGGAUAACAUUCUAAGAUACAAGCCUAAUUCAUGGGAAAAAGAACCGCUAUUGUUCUCACAGUCUCCCAUAAAAAAAACAACACCAGUAUAAUUUAAUAUGAACAUGUAAAUUCCUUCAAUAGUGGCAAGUUUGGAGAAUGGUGAAUUGCUGGUGUUUUAUAGCUAUUGCAACGUAAAGAAAGAAAAGGAAAACAAGUAUCAGCUAGAAAUUUAGUAUUUAAUCUUAAGAAAUCUAAAUCAAUCAGAUAAUGAUUCUAUGGAACUUGAAGAUAAAACAAAAGAAUUUUAAUUCAAAACUAUUAAAUACAAUUCUAAAAAAGAAGUUAGCAUUGCUAAGAUCAAUACAGUUAUGAUAGAUAAAAACAGAUUUGAGUUUUCAGUAAUUGUUCAAGAGACUGAUUAAAAUUUAUACAAAGUAUUUUCAGGUGAUGCUUCAAACAAAAAUGAACAUAUUACUACAAUGAAAGAAUGCAAAAUAUUAAAUAAUGCUGCUCCUUAACGGAACUAAUGUAUUUUAGUAGGCCCUAAUAAAGAAAGUGUUUAUCGCCUUUAAUGA